AUGUCCUCAUCCUCGUCACAAACCCAUGAACGUCAGAAGACUGCAGAGUUUGUCGAGUGGAAGUGCAACGAGAAGCCCUACAAGUGUCCCCUGGCUUCAGAGGAAAAGGAUCCAUGGACAACAUUGCUCGCACCAUUACUCGAAAAGGACGCUGCCCGCUGCCACGCAUGGAAGGAAGAAGUUCAGAAUCUACUUAUUUUUGCAGGUCUUUUCUCAGCCGUUGUAACGGCUUUCAUAAUCGAUGCAUACAAAACCCUCGAAGAAGACCCAAACGAAGCAUUUCGAUUAUAUAUCAUUGGUCACCUCGGACCUGCGCCACAGGUUGUAACAAUUCCAUCCUCCGAUUUCUCGCCAACGCCGUCAAACGUCCGCAUCAACACCCUUUGGUUUCUCAGCCUUGUCUUCAGCCUUGCCACUGUUCUUAUUGGCAUUGUCUCUCUCCAAUGGCUAAGGGAACACCAGCGUCCACGGAAAGACCUCGAACCCCAAAUCGCAUUCGCCCUCCACAACAUGCACAUUGAAGCCCUCGAUAGGUGGUAUUUCCCACAUAUAUUCACCAUCCUCCCACUUCUUCUCCAAAUCGGCCUCGUCCUUUUCCUUUGCGGGGUCGUGGACCUCCUUUGGAGCUUGAACGCCACCGUUGCUAUUUGGGUCUCUAUCGCCACAGGAUUGACACUGCUCUUCUUGCUGAUCACAACUGCGCUUCCUACACUGCAAAACCUCUCGCUCUUUCUACCCCGAUGGCAGACCAGUGAUCAACCUCGCGCUCCAUGCCCGUACAAAUCACCGCAGUCAUGGGCGUUCCACCAGCUCGUGGCUUUCAUUCUGGAUUGCGGCAUGCAGACAGGCUCGGCCCCGCCAGAAGCAUAUAGGAGAAUGGAUGCUUGCACUAUAACAUCAGCGACAAAUCGGAAAGGCUGGUGGCAGAAUAUGCCCCGUGCAACUGCUUUCAUUUUUCGCAAGAAGAAGGGCGACACAUGGCUCGAACAUGGAAUAGCCUGGCUCUUCCAACGAGACCUCGACUAUGUGCAGGAUGGCCCUGACUCCAAUGCGCCUGUUGCAAGGAUGAAGGAGCGGCCUAUCCCUCUCUACGAUGCCGUACAGGGACUACUGGAUUCCAAAAGGAGCAUGUCCCCCGAAGCACAAAGAGAACGAAGUACAGUGGACCACUGUUUUGAGCAAAUAAUGGCAUUGAAUACUAUGGAAGGCAGUCCAUACCCCACUCUCCUGUACCGGCUGGCUCAGUCUCAGCCUCUAACAUUUGGGUUACCAUCAGGCAUACAACUUCUCAGUAUGGAGGUACUCCACGACCAGACCCUCCUGAUGCUCUACUCACGUGGCGACUCUUUCGACAAUAUCCCUCGGAGUAUGAUUCCACAAGUAGUUGAGAUAUGCAUCCGCCUGACAGAAUGGAUAUAUGGUCAACCGGAACCUCGGCGAUACGAUUCUACGGGGGUGGUAGUGCCACAUAGUCUCCCAGUUCAGUGGAUUAGUCGACAAUUGGACAUGGGCAUUGUUAAUGGCUAUUUAGUACAAAAACCGGUCCUUACCACUCUCUGCGCCUUCUUUCAUACUGCCACGAUACUUCACCCCAUUCGCGACAAUUUGCUCAGCAGGACCAUGCACACCAACACGUACGCACGUCAAUUCAUUUUCUGGGCCACAACAGUCAUUGCUCGGGAAGGUGAUGCUUCCCCGUGCGACCCACUCCUGGAUUUCAUCACCAUCUAUCUCCGCAACUUCCUCAACAGUACUUCGCCGCAAUCGGACACCACCGACUACGUGUUUUAUACGGCGUUCAUAUUUUCCCAUGCCCUACUCUUUCGCACCGACAACGUGACCGAGCCCCUUGCUGAGCUGAUCCUUGUGCUUCGGGAGUACCGCAGGCGCUUUGAACCGGCAGCGGAAUUAUCCCGCUCCCUCGCGCUGAAUCAUCCCCAAUACAAGUGGGACAACUUCUGCGCGACCUCUGAAGCGUUUAGCGUCUUGUUCGCACCGACACCCAGCUUUGAGUCUAACGAGACUCAUUCAUCUGGUAACACACGUGUUCCAGGAGAGCAAGACGUUCGGCCAGGCGAUUCCGUCAUCGAGAUACCCUCAACAUCGACAACAGAGUAA